AUGAUGGCACGGAGGAGGAGGAGUGAAAUGCUGCCCGCCUACGUGGAGAGAGUUCCCUUGGCCAGAAGACUCAAACCCGAUACGUGGAUGACCAUUGGGAUAGAAGCUGCGUUGGUAUUCAUGGCUAUCUGCGCAGGAGUUUUCGUUUAUUACCGAGCUCACGACCUGUCCCUUUAUGCCACCCGUUUCUAUGCCCACAUGGGCUCUUCUGAGGCGCAGCAUAUGUUGAGCCAAUAUCACCUCAUUCGUCGGGACGAGGAUCCAGAGCACGCUAAACAAGCGGAACACUGGCUCAUAAAAGCAGCUGAGUCCGGUCACGGAGUUGCAGCCUACAACCUGGCAUUGGCUCAUAUUCGCGGAGAUCUGCCUUCCAAUUCCACUCCUGAAGCGAGUCAUCUCCACAGACUUCUCUCUCAAGCUGUCAGUCAGGGUGUUCAUGAGGCUCUUGGGUUAUUGCACUACUGUGGACAUGGUCAAUGUCUCAAGCAACAGAGGAGACGACGACACCAGAAGCAGCAGCCACAGGACGAAAAACGGAGACCUCCUUUGGAACGUGAUCCUUAA